CCACUUGUUUCCCCCUCCCUCUCCCCAUUUUCUCCUCUCAAUCCGAUUCUUUUCAUACAAUCUCUUCCUUCCGACAUUUUUCACUUCCCCCAUUUACUUCUUGGUCUUGGUUCCUCCCUCUUUCUCCUUCUCUUCCCUCUUUCAACGCUUUCUACGCUUUCUUUCCACUCUCACUGUUAGUCGUAACACAGCACAAUUGUUAAGCUAAAGCUGCAUAACACUUGUUAUACUUUUCAAUUCACAAUUUCUACACUUUCUUUUCUCCGUGUUCAAGCUCUAUUUCAUCAUGUCGCCUGCUACUCCCUCCUCAACUGGUGGUGGUCAUACCCUUGGUCUGCACUCAGUUUCGUCCACGUCCAGUUCAGAUUACACCAAUUCAGGUUCGCAUUCUGCACUUUCUUCUCAGAUUGAGCCAUCGCCUGCCAGUACAUAUGGUAGCUCCGCUGCCAGCGAUGCUGACAUUCCUUUAACUCCUGACAGUGAGGGUGAGUGUAAAUCUUUUUCCUUCUUCCUUGCUAGAUUGUGCCCUCUCAUCGAGCAUCUUUUACAAUUUCGCAUCAUGUUGUUUUCACUUUUCGCACAAUCCUUCCACCUCUUCAUGUUUUCAUACCACAAAUCGCACCACCAUGGGAGCUUUCAAUAUGCUUCUGCUGAAGAGGCUCGCAGAAUUGUAUUCAUCGUUUUUAUUACGCUGCCCUUUAAAUCUUGCGUUCUCUUGAUCCAGCAUCCCAAAGACGCGUUUCGUCCUCUCAAAUCCCCUUCUGUGCUCGUUCCAAUCAUUCACAAACCCCGGCUGACAAUUCUUGAAAGGGGCAGCUCUUAACAACAUUGCUCGUCUUGCAAUCGGUGAUGAGUGUAAUGUCGAAGACAAUGUGACAUCCUCUGGUCAUCAUUCCACCACUGGUUCUAGAAACUCCAACCUGUAAGUCACAAACUCACGAUUAUUUGCAAUCACUUUCCAGCUUCUGACUUUUCCAGUUAUUCCCCACCAUUUGUUCGCAAUGGUUCUCAGAGCAAUGUUGAUGAUCCAUUCCAAUCGCCAACCAAGAAUGCUUCAAAGUGUCGCAACCAAGACCAGCAUACUCCCAAGGCUCCAAGACAUUCUCACCGAGAUAUUCAUGGCCCUUGGCGCUCAAGAAGCUCAAGCAACAGUUCUGAGUUGUCACCAUCAAAGUCGAAGUCGAACUCCACCGGCAGUGUUGAUCCCCACUACGGUAACACUCAGCGCAAGCUUUCUUUCCACGUCCAAGAGCAUGUUUCUGAGGAUACCGACAACGCAGGCAAUAGACUGAGCGGUUACACUGUUGUCAAGGCCGAGGAUGCGCAAGCUGUUUACCCUCCUUCUUGCUGUGUUUUCGUUGCGAAGUAAGUCUCUUAUCUUCUCUUCCUCUGCGUUUCCUUGCUCCCUUCUCUCGUUUCAUCGUGAUUCAUACUAAACUUCGAAAGCCUACUUCAAUCUGAGAAUGAAGACUCCCUUCAAAUGGCCGUAACACAAAUCUUCCGAGAAUAUGGUCCUGUCUACGUCAAGAUCCGCCGUGACGGCAAGCAUAUGCCUUUCGCAUUCUGUCAAUACACUGUGAGUUGUUACCAUAAUAUCAUUUUCCUGGUUAUAACUAACUUUUAAUAGAAGCAAGAGCAUGCCGAGAGAGCUAUCAAGGAAGGCAGAGGCCGUUUAAUUAAAGGCCGUCCAUGUCGCUGUGAAAAGGCCAAGGCUCAUCGUAGGAAAUUUUCCCUCGAGGCGAGGUUUUUACUGACACUUCUCAGGUCUAUUUUUCAUUGAGCGCAAGUAUGGUUCAGUCGUCACUCCUGGCGAAGUCAGAGACCUUCUUCAGCGCUUUGGCAAGAUCGAACUUUGUUACACUGCUUCUCACGUAGAGCGUACUGCACUCAACCUCAAUGAAGGAGUCAUCGUUCAAUUUGAAAUGUACGACGAAGGUCAAGAUGCUCAAUCUGUCAGUAAAGAUUUUGUACUUUUUGCUCUUGAUCUUCAUGCUGACUUGCUCACAGGCUUUCCGCAACCAUGAUCUUUACAAGCUGCAGCCCAUUGCAGGCCUUGCAACACCUGCCCAGCAAUCACCACCUGCAGCAGAAAUUGAUGCUACCAAGGCAUAUUUGGCGAGAUAUGAUGUCGACCGUCGCUCAAUUUUCGUUGGCAACCUUCCAUUGAGUACUUCAGAACAACAAAUUCGAGGUCUUUUCGAGCACUAUGGCGAAGUCCAAGAUAUUAGUCUGCGAGAGAACGCGUCUAAGUUUGAGCGUAAGUUGCCAUCUUGUUAAUGAAUGUUCCCAAGCUGACUCGGCACUCUAUAGCAGAAGAGAAGUUUGCUUUCGCUUUUGUCGAAUUCAAGUCCCCCAUAGCAGUCGUUAAUGCAGUUAACGCGAAGGUGAGUCGGACAAUUUUCCAUUAAGUCCUCUGACUUGUGGUCUUCUAACUCUACCAUAGAAUGGUUUCACUUUCGGUGGAAAAUCUCUACGAGUCGCUCAAAAGGAUUCUGAAAAUGGUGGUAGCAGAGGCAGACCCUCCAGACCACAGCUUUCGACCUCCGCUCGGCCGUUCCAGUCCCCUCGUGUCGAUCAACAUGUGGAGCAACAAACUUCUCCGUCAGCUCAGACGUCCCCUAUGCCUUAUGCAUCACCUUAUGGUUACGCUGCGUAUAGCCCAUACUAUGGUUAUGCAGCCCCUUCAACCGUCUUCACUGAUGGUCAAGGCCAUUACUACAGCAGUGCUACCUCGUACUCGCCAGGGCCAGCAUACUACCCAGGCUACCCCGGUAGUCCUGGGUAUGGAAUGCGUAACCCAGCAGUGGUAACCGAUUUAACAGCUAGUCCUCCUGCCCCAUCACCAUACUGCAGUUAUGCACCAUACCAACAAUAUGCACCGGCUCCAUAUUGGGGUAUGCAGAGCCCACCAACUGAUCAGUCGUCUGCGUCUCAGCAAGCACAUUACCCUUAUUCGCCUGUUGGCAUUAGUAACAAGGCUCGCGAUGAUCGUUCGGUAACUCCUACGCCAAGUGGGCAUGCUUCCGUUGUUGAGUAAUAUUUGACUCGCAACCAAACCUUCCUGUCAGGACCAUCAAUCGCAGUUUCCACUACGGUUGUACUUGUUAUUCUUCUUGACAUUUGGGCGGCAUGUUUUUCUUACUUUGUCGGUACGCAGUUAAUAUUAGUGUUGUCCGGGUUGUGUCUUCGUGUUUACGACUAAUGAUUUCACGGAGUUUACGGUAUUUCUUUCUUCAUCCUAGCAGGAAUUUGGCUUCAUCUACUGUUGUACAGGAUUGUUGUCUAUCAAUCAAAUAUGGCAGGGCAUUGUGGCUCCUGGUUUACCAUUUAUAUGGUGGCCAGCUCCCUAUUGAUUCUCUUGCUCCUUUGGACAAGAUAGACAUAGGAUAGAGUCUCUUCGAUUUGAACAAACCAUGUACUAUUAAUCAGUUGCAUCU